AGUUAGAAAUAUGUUAUUAUUAGUUUUAAUAAGCACCCUAGUGAGUAAUGCGCUGGGGUCGGCGGAACUGAGCAGCCUGUACGGGCUGCGCGGCGGCAACCACAUCACUCUGUGCAUGAGCGCGGGCACAGAGGGCCGCGGCCAUGACGUGUGCCAUGGCGCGCUGUGGCGCCGUCACUGGGUGCUGGUGCGCGGCAGCUGCGUGGCGCGCCGGCCCCUCUACCCCGUCGUGCUCGUGCGCGACACCGCCGACAACGUCGACUGCGAGGACGUGCAACAAGACAUGUUGUACUACAAUUACCGCAAAGUGCUGACGCGAUUCAUGCACCCCAAAUUCCCUGAGAUGGACUUCGCCCUGAUUUGUGUUCUGGAGCCAUUUGAUGCACUUCAAGUCACCUCCAAUGUCAGCAUGCAACUGCUUGCUAAGCUGGACCCGUGGCUGUGGGACACAUAUAACAGGUUCUCACCUGAGAAUCACCUGGCACACUACUGGCCCAGUGAACAGAACAUGGUGUUUGCAUCCCCUGUGAGAAUGUUCAUGGCUACAGUGGUUCUACCAUUGACGUUUUUCAUAGCAUUCUUUCUGCUGGUCACAUUCUACACGGGCUCAGACAAGGGAUCCGUGCCAUAUAAAAGUCUUAAAGAUAUGGAAGACACUGCUUUUGCAUAGACUGAAUUAAAACAAUUAAUUUGUAACAAC